AUGACGUUUUCGGAGCUCCGUGCCCCGUUCGACAUGGCCUACGCUGUGGUUCUGCUGCUGGUGAACUGUGCCAUGCAGGUCAUGUUCGCGUUGAUCCUCCUGGACGAGGGCUUUAUGGGCGAGGAUUUCGAGACGCAAAAGCUCAACGCCCAGAUAUGGCGCACGAGUGUGGCACAUGACUACAAGUACAUGGAUCUGGCACAGACCAGCCUCGUGACGCGGGUCUGCAGCGGCGAUGGCGCUCUCAUCCUGUCAACGGUCCAGGCAACUCUUGUGGAGCAGAUCAACAACUACCUGGCACUGGAAACGGAUCAGUUCGGGCAAGAUGAGUUUGGCCCUGGCAUCCUCCUCUGCAUGCUUUGCAUCCUCCUCUGGAGCCUCUGUGUCUUCAAGGAGUUCCGGCAUAUUUGGCUCGCCGUGGCCGGUGCGAUGAACCUGCCCAAGUCACGAAACACCAUCUUUACCGAAGGAACCUUCCAGCAAAUCUCCUGGGGUCGCUUCGGCAUCUUCCUGGCAACGAGCAUUGUGCGCGUUGCCGUGGCGAGCGUUCUCCUGGUUGCCGGCAUACUGUGGUUGGCUCGGACAACCUCGAUCUCCGAGCUGAUGCUGAACGCGGUGGCGCUCAAUGCCAUCCUCGACGUGGACGAGUUUCUUUUCAAUGGCCUCACGCCCAUGAAGUUCCAGCAUGCAAUCCAGAGCCUGACGCCCAUGACCGUCAAGUAUAGCCGUCGCCGCAGCGAGUGGGAGUCCAGUGUCCAGUGCAUCACCCUGGUCUUAACCAUCAUUGUGCCUUACAUGCUUCUGGUGAAGCCCUUCGGCCAGACGAUGGUGGAGGUGAAGGAGCUUCUGUGUGGUGGCAAUCAGAGCUUUGUCCUUGUGCACAACGCAGAUACGCAGAUGACGAACGGCUUGAUCACCCGACAAGGUCGAGGUAAUCUGGGGAACCUCUCCGUCAGUGAGAUCGCCGUCAAUGCGCACACGUUUCGCGACGCAGACCUCGAUCCUCUCUACAUCAGCUUCACUACCCUGGAGCUAGCAGAUCAGUUCGAUUCACAGGUCACGCAGGACAUGGCAACCUUUGCUGCGAGCUUCCCGGUUUGCAUGGAAGUGUCCGUUUUAAAUCCGAACGGGCCGCUCUAUGCAGACAUGACGGUGAGGCCCAUGUCCAACCUCAUCCUGAGAUCUGCUGGUAUCAACUUUGGGGAGAUGGAAGUUUCGGAUUGUUCAAGGCUUCAGCCGUACUGCCACAGGAUCGAUGGGCGGUUGGUGAGGUUCUCGUGCGGGCAAUCCUGCGGCUGUACGGAUGUGACUUCAUCUCCAUGGUACAAAGUUCCCGCCCAGGGCUGUAGUCCUUCGUGCCUGAGGCUGUCGCAGCCGGAAUGCGAUGACGUGACUGCGACGCCACAGUCGCCUCGCAUGAACGCGUGGACAUCCUUCUGGACAGACUACCCCAGCGUCCUGAGCGCACGCUACGGAACGGACAUCACGCUCACUGCGGUUUGGCCUAACAUCCAACAGACCCUCGACAUGAUGCUCGCCACCGGCUGUCCUGGGUUGCAGCUGGCUCCGACGGACUUCAUGACAGGUGCUGCGUACUGCCAAGGUUUCGAUGAGCUUUUCCAGCCGCUGGCGCACGUGUGCCCAGAGACGUGCGGAUGCAAGCAGCAGGGCGCACUUCCCAGCUACUGCCCCGCCUCUUGCUCAGCAGCGGCAGCAGCGGCAGCAGGCAACGCAUCGCAACGUUAA